AUGGCGCCAAUUUCGUACUCCAAGACCUACAAGGUUCCAAGAAGACCUUUCGAGUCUGCUCGCCUGGACUCUGAGUUGAAGCUUGUUGGAGAGUAUGGACUCCGCAACAAGCGUGAGGUCUGGCGUGUCCAACUCACGCUCUCCAAGAUCCGUCGUGCUGCGCGUCAAUUGCUCACCCUCGAGGAGAAGGAUCCCAAGCGACUUUUCGAAGGAAAUGCCCUCAUUCGUCGUCUCGUCCGUGUUGGUGUGCUUGACGAAUCCCGCAUGAAGCUCGAUUAUGUCCUGGCCUUGAAGAUUGAGGAUUUCUUGGAGCGCCGUCUGCAAACCUGUGUCUACAAGCUCGGUCUCGCGAAGUCUAUCCACCACGCCCGUGUUCUCAUCCGUCAAAGACAUAUCCGAGUUGGCAAGCAAAUCGUCAAUGUCCCAUCCUUCGUGGUUCGCCUGGACUCCCAAAAGCACAUCGAUUUCGCCCUCAGCUCGCCAUUUGGUGGUGGACGACCUGGUCGUGUUCGCCGCAAGAAGGCCAAGGCUGCUGAGAAGAAGGAUGGUGCUGAUGAUGGAGAUGAUGAUGACGAGGAAUAG